AUGUCGCAGGAGGCUCCUGCAAAUGCAAGCGGGGUUGCCGAGUCCGAAGCUGCCGGCAAAAGCAAAGAAGCAGCAACAACCCCGUGCCCAGUAUCGCCGUCAGCUAUCGGGCCCCUGGAGCUAGACUUUGACAUUGCCGCGGACGACUUCAUGGCGGAGGCCAUGGAAACGGAGGAGCUCGACGACGAGGAAGACAUGGAUGCUGAAGCACUACCUUUGAAUCCCGACAUGUGCGAAUGCUGUCAGGAGGAACCGAAAUGCGAGCGGUCCGUCUAUGGCAGUGAAUGCAAGAAGGCACUCAACAAUGUGGAAAAGCGGGAGGUGAAAGGGGCAAAGAAAAAGGGCGAUCGAUGGGCCAAAUGGUGCGAACUCAAGAAGGCCGGUGGGCACAGACUUCAUGCCGUUCUGUUGGGGUACCGAGACACUUGUGCCAAGUCUGACGGGCCCGGAAAGAACAGGGGCUCCUUCGACUUCAUGAAUCAUUAUGAAGAGGUGCAGAGCGUCGCUGAAGUCGCAACCGGCGAGCGCCUUGCCUACAUGCCGCUCACAAAGUGGCUGACCAUUGCCCAGGAGGACCAUGCAAUGGAUGUCAACGAAGCCAGGAAAAAGUGGAAGCGAAAGGAAAUCACUCUUCCUCCCAGUCAGAAGCGCAAGAGUGCCAAAGGCGUUCUGCUACUUCCGAUGCCCAAGGAGUACUACAUCGACGGGUCGAACAAGGCGAGGCACAUCAAGGGCAUGCGCCUCGAAGGCAACAAGAUCAAGAAGCCCACAGCGGAGAACUUCGCUCAAGCUGAGGUCCACGUGAGCAGCGGCCACUUGGGCUUUUCGGACAAGGCCUUCGGCAAGGUUGGUGGCGGGGCGCUGUUGGACAACGUGCAAGCUGGCGCCUCCUUGAUGUUUGCCCCUGACGGCGACUCCAUCUUUGGUGAGGGUGAUAACUUCCGCAAGCACGUGCCAGCCGUGCCAGCUGCGGACACGGAAGCGCAGCUCACCCCCCAGAAGAAUAAGGCGUCCAACGCUUGCGUGCGCUCGGCUCAACUCGCCGCUGCAUCUCCCGAUGCAGCGACACCGGCCUCCAGUCAUGGUUGCAACACCCCGGGCUCAGCUAAGGAUUCCCAGGAGAAGCAGGAGCAGCAGAGUAACAAGAAGCGCAAGAAAUCCUAUGACACGGUGGCAGCUCGGAACAAAGUUGUCGAAAAGAUCACGGAGGACUUGGUGAGGGGCGUGGACGUUGCCUUGACAACUGCGUUGGAGGAGGCCACCAAGGUUACUGACCAGCUUGAGUCCGAGUUCGGAGACAAGGCCGCGGAGCCGUUCUUCAAAGUGUACGCCGACACCAUCCAAACUCGUCGGGCUCUGGUUGAGCUCGUGCAAGGGCGUGACUCAGCGGCUCUGGCGGCCAAGAUCGAGGAGAACCAGAACAUGAAGGUUGCCACGAUCGACGACGCUGAGAAGUUGAGGACUCUGCAUUCUGAGGAGGUUCGACUGACAGUCAAAGCUUACGCGUGCGAUGAUGAGGAUGGCAUCAAGCUUGCUUUGAAGGAUGUGAAAGAGUCUGUGAGCAUGUUCAAGCGAUUGCAAGUUGCUCUGAACCGGGCCACAUCCGACCUCCGGCGGGCUUUGGAGCAAAAGAAAAAGAGGGCAGCUGGCCUUGUGGAGAAGCGCAAGAGAGAGGAGAUCGCCAAGAAAAAAAAAGAAGAGAAGGGCAUCCACGAUCCAGAGCGAGCAAGGGAGCGUAACAGGGCACAGAGCGCCAUCAAGAUCCAGGGUGUGAGCAAGCUGAAAGAGGCAAUGCUUUCGUAUUGCUCCAGCAAGUGCAGCGCAUUCGCUUCGCCUUGCAAUGCGGACCUCAGCGAGGUCGGGACCUACGGCUUCACGUCCGCGAUGACCUACGGCGGCAUUGAGUACUUCGGCAUGUCCACCGUGCGGUAUGCCAUCAAGGGCGAGCGAGAGAUUGUCACUGCAAGUGCCGGAGACCUUUGGGCUGUCCUGCAGGAGAAUGGUGUGGAAACUAAGAUCUCGAAUGAGCGACCCGUCUCCACCCUCCUCGGCGAGAGGAUGUGGCAAAGCCGUCUGGAGGAGCCGUGGAUUCAGUCCCUCAUGCUCAAGGGCAAGGCAGGUGUAUCGGGUGGAAGCAGCAAGAUCUUCCACCGAGCAGUGAUUCCUGAAGGAUCUCUCCUGUUCGUUCCUUCCGGCUUCGUCGUCUGUGAGCGAUCAUUGAACGGCAAGAUCGGCAUGGGCCUUCGCCUCUCAGUGAAGGACUCCUCUGAGAAGGCACAUGCAGCCUUGCAGAAGCUUCUGAAUGUACAUCAGACCUACUGCGAGUCAACUGAUAAGCUUCUCGGUCGCUGGGAA